ACCCUUGUUUGCAUGCAUUCAAUCAAAUGGCAUUUGUCAAUCUCCUUCUCCUUUUUACCUUACUCUCUUCCUUUCACUCUCUCUCCCAUGGAAUCGACCAAAACCAAACCCUCGAACCCAUGAUCAUCAAAGCUUGCGACAGAAUCCAGAACCAAGCCUCGUGUUUCUUGAAUUUGCAGUUCCAGAUCAAAAGUUAUGGCCGUCGUAGUCCUGACUCUGUCCUUAGGGCUGCCCUCCAGCACACGCUCAACGAAGCAUCGUCCGCCAGCGAGGCGCUCACAAAAUUCACCACCUUAUCCAUUAGCCCCCGCGAGCAGAUGGCCAUCGACGACUGCAAGGAACUACUCGAUUUCUCGGUAUCCGAGCUGGCCUGGUCCGUGGACGAAAUGAACAGGAUUCAUGCCGGGCUCAAGAGCCCUCACUCGGAGGGAAACCUGAAGGCCUGGCUGAGUGCUGCUCUAAGCAACCAAGAUACUUGCCUUGAAGGCUUCGAGGGCACCGACAGGCGACUCGAGCACUUCAUAAGGGGAAGUCUAUCACAAGUGAAUCAACUCAUAGGCAAUGUGCUGACUCUCUACACGCAAAUGCACAGUCUACCUUUCAGACCACCAAGAAACAACAGCACCGCGGCCGACAACGAAAAUAGAAACAAGGGAUUCCCGCAGUGGAUGACGGAGGGAGACAAGGAGCUUCUUGUUUCUAGUCAGAACGGGAUGCAUGUGGACGCGGUGGUGGCGGUGGACGGAAGCGGGCAAUAUCGGUCGAUAGCGCAGGCGAUAUACGAGGCGCCGAGUUAUAGUAACAGGAGAUAUGUGAUAUACGUGAAGAAGGGAGUUUACAAGGAGAACAUAGACAUGAAGAAGAAGAAGACUAAUAUCAUGCUGGUGGGCGACGGUAUAGGGCAGACCAUUGUUACUGGUAACCGCAAUUUCAUGCAAGGAUGGACCACAUUUCGCACAGCUACAGUUGCUGUUUCGGGCAAGGGAUUCUUAGCAAGGGACAUCACAUUCCGCAACACCGCCGGGCCCGAAAGCCACCAGGGAGUGGCCCUCCGUGUCGACUCCGACCAAUCAGCCUUCUACCGCUGCAGCAUGGAAGGCUACCAAGACACUCUCUACGCUCACUCCCUCCGCCAAUUCUACAGGGAAUGCAGUAUCUCCGGCACCAUCGACUUCAUCUUCGGCAACGGCGCCGCCGUCCUCCAGAACUGCAAGAUCUACACAAGGCAGCCACUGCCGCUGCAGAAAGUCACCAUCACGGCCCAGGGCAGGAAAGACCCUCAUCAGAGCACCGGAUUUACUAUCCAGGACAGCUACAUUUACGCCACCAGGCCGACGUAUUUGGGCAGGCCCUGGAAACAGUACUCAAGAACAGUGUUCUUGAACACUUACAUGAGUUCGAUGGUGCAGCCCAGAGGGUGGCUGGAGUGGUAUGGAGAUUUUGCUUUGAGCACGCUUUGGUAUGGUGAGUACAGGAAUUACGGGCCCGGAGCGUCGGUUUCCGGCAGGGUUAGGUGGCCUGGUUAUCAUAUAAUCCACGAUGCCUCCACCGCCAGUUUCUUCACCGUUGGCCGUUUUCUUGAUGGAAUGUCUUGGCUUCCGGCAACCGGCGUUAAGUUCACCGCCGGUUUGACGAAUUAAUUGUGGCCCUUUCAAGUUAUUCAAUUGAAAAAUUAGUUUUUAUCAUAGUUAAAGCUAGCUGAAAUUCAGGCUGUCUGAAGACAGAUCUGUGCAUAUAUUGUUUCGUUUUAGUAUUUCUAUGUACUGAUCAGUCUUCACAUUGAACAACUGAUGUAUUCUCUCUGAUUUAAUAUAGCUGCUAUACAUUGAUUUUUCUGAUU